UCCUGCUCUUGAAAAAUUCUGUCAAUCCCAGUUUCACGUACCUGUACAAUUCUCCCUCAAUCGAUCUGUACGAGGCGUCAUUUCCUUGUUGAUUGUUGAAAGCAAAAUUCGGUUCUCCAACAUUUUACAUCCUUCAAUCGCUCGAGUUUGACCCCUCCAUGGCUGCGCAUCAUACCGAACGGACGGCUGCCACGACUGUCGCAGAGACUGGAUCUGAUCUAAUUCAUGAUUCAGCAGCCAAGUCUGUCCCAGAUGAACGGCAGCCUUUGCUGCGCUCGAGAAGCCAGGCUACAACCUGGAAACCGCCAGCGGGCUUCCUCUGGAUCCAACUGGCGAUCAUGUCCAACGUCUUUCUCGCUGGAUUUGACGGUACAAUUACCGCCUCGACUUAUGCGGUCAUUAGCUCGGAAUUCAAUGCGGCCAACACGGCAUCGUGGCUGACCACCUCGUACCUCAUUACCAGCACUGCCUUUCAGCCGCUGUAUGGACGUUUCUCUGACUUGCUGGGACGUCGGGGUUGUUUUUUUACUGCUACGAUCGCUUUCAUGAUCGGGUGUCUAGGAUGUGCCUUGGCUAGAGAUGUGAUCUUUCUCAACAUCAUGCGUGCGCUGACCGGCAUUGGAGGCGGCGGACUGAUGACCAUGGCUACAAUUAUCAACUCCGAUCUUAUCCCCUUCCGUCAACGCGGUAUGUACCAGGUAGUUCAGAAUGUCUCGUACGGUUUCGGUGCCAUCUGCGGUGCGUCAUUCGGCGGGAGUAUCGUCGACACUAUCGGGUGGCGCUGGUGUUUCUUGAUUCAGGUUCCAGUCUCGCUGGCUGCUCUAGUCUUGGGAUACGUUGUUCUCAAGUUCCCCGCGAAAGAGGAGCAUGUUCCGGGACAGAAAUCCCCGGGCCUGUGGCAGCAGAUCGACUUUCUCGGGUCUCUUCUCCUUGUCCUGGCGCUGUCGAGCCAGCUUGUCGGGCUGAGUCUUGGAGGUAACGAACUCCCGUGGAGCAGCAUCUGGGUGAUCCUCUCGCUAGGUGCCAGUUUGGUGUUUCUGGUGGCUUUCUUUGCCGUGGAAGCUACAACGACGGCUGCUCCUCUGAUUCCGCUGAAGAUGCUACAAGGAUUACACCCAGUUUCGACUCAGAUUGCCAAUGUUUGUUGUGGCAUGUCUGCGUAUGCCUUUCUAUUCACGCUUCCGCUUCUAUUCCAGGUCAUUCUGCUGGACAGCCCUACGAAGGCUGGUGCUCGACUUGCCAUACCGUCUCUUGCCACUCCACUAGGAGGCCUUAUCGCCGGCGUUGUGAUGUCACGAUGGGGAAAGCUCGCCUAUCUCGUACGUGCAGGCGCUGCCCUGAUGUGCAUUGGAAAUAUACUAGUCACGCUUCUACGUUUCCACGACUCAGAAUGGAAAUACUACGCAUAUAUCAUCCCCGCGAAUCUGGGGCAGGGGAUUGUAUACCCCGGAAUUCUGUUCACAUUCCUUUCCGCAUUCGAUCACUCCGACCAUGCCGUCUCCGCUUCAACCGUGUACCUCAUCCGCUCUCUAGGGACUGUAUGGGGCGUUGCCGUCACCUCGGCCAUAAUUCAGAAUACAUUGAGCUCAGGCCUCGGGGAGGCCUUGAGUGAAAUACCAGACAAAUGGAAAGUAAUCGAUGAAAUCCGCCACUCCAUUUCAGCGAUUCACGACCUACCCCCAGAAGUACAACUCGCCGUGCGAUUAGUGUAUUACCGCGGUAUCCGGCUGUGCUUUGCGGCGUCUGCUUCAUUCGGAGGUAUGGCAACCAUCGCGGCCCUUUUCACUCGGGGCAAGGGGCUGGAACGAACAGGUGGGGAGUAAACCGAACACCUUGAAAAAAAAUUCGCGAGAGAAGUAGGCGCGGUUCUGAUGGUGAGGUCAGCCGUGCCGACCUCGCGACUUGAAGACUGAAGGUGAGCUGAGAUUUCAAGUUGGAUAUCUCGAUCAUUGCAGUAGGGUCGGGGACUUGGGGGCUCUGAUUUGCGGGUGGUACAUAGAUGAUCUCAAGAUAUAGAAUGACAUUGUAGGUAGAUGGUGCAAAGGUUCUUAUUGGCCCCCGGGUCAAGAAUACACUGCCUAAUUUCCUG